AGAAGACAAGGACGAUAAAGAAGAAAAGGAUGAUGAAGAAAAGGUGAAAGCUCAAGAAGUCGAAAAAGAUGACGAAGAAAAGAAGGAAGAAGAAGAAGAAAAGAGCGAAACUGAUGAAGAACUUGAAAUUAACGGUAUGGAUAAUGCAAAGCAAGUUGUCUCUUCUGCUUCAAAUGCAUUUGGUAGUGCUUCUGCUAUUGCCUCUGCUUCGUUCGGAUCCUUAUCUUUUGGUGCUUCUAGCGCUGGUGUUCUCUCUGCUACUGGUGCUAAUGCUAAAGCCACUAUCUCUCCCAAGAAUGCUAAUGCAAAGUCAAGUGGUAGUGCUGUUCGUAUCAGUAUGGGUGCUACUGUUGGUGCUAUUGUCCUUGCUGCUGUUGCUCUCCUUUAAGAAAAAAAAGAACACACAUACCCUCUUUUUUUUUGUUUAAUGUCUUCAAUGUAUCCGCACACACACAAACACACGCACACACACUUACACAUCAUAAAAAAUACGACCCUCACUCAUUCAUUUUUGCCGAUAAAUAAAGUAAUUUAAUAUACACA